AUGCUGAACUCUGUGUGUGUGUGUGUGUGUGUUCAGGAUCUGCAGGUUUACUGUGAUUUCUCUGACGUCAUCGACAUCAGUGUGAAGCAGGGCAGCAGAGACGGGUCUGUGGAGAACCGGGUCGUCUCCAUUAACAGACAGGACAGUCAGAUGCUGGAGCUGGAGUUCGGUUCUCUGACUGAAGCGCUGUCCUUCGUGUCUCUGAUCGACGGCUACUACAGACUCACCACAGACGCGCAUCACUACCUGUGUAAAGAGGUGGCGCCCCCUAGACUCCUGGAGGCCAUGCAGAUCAGCUGCCACGGGCCUGUGUCGACGGAGUUCGCCAUCAGUCGCUUGCGUCGCUGUGAGAAUCAGAGAGGCCUUUAUAUCCUGAGGAGCAGCCCGAAACACUACCACCAGUUCUACCUGUCCUUCACCCUCGAGCACGAGGGUCAGCUGGAGUUCAAACACUGUCUGGUGGUUCGCUCUGCUUCGGGAGAGUUCGUGUUGAGCGGAGGGAAGAGCAGUUUCGCCAGUCUGAGUGAGUUACUGCAACGCUACCAGAAGGAGGCGCUACGCUCCGACACACACGUGUUCCAGCUGAGCCGCUGCUGUCCGCCGCGCAGCAAAGAUAAAUCCAACCUGCUGGUGUGCAGGAACGGCCAGAGCUCUGACGCGCUUCUCUCGCCCUCUGAGUUCAAACACGUCAACCAGAUGAUCUUCCACAAGAUCCACAAGGAGGACCUGGAGACUAGGGAGUGUUUGGGUCAGGGCACGUUCACGCAGGUCUUCCGGGGCGUGCGCCGCGAGCGAGGAGAUUACGGAGAGAUACACAAGAUGGACGUCGUGCUGAAGGUUCUGGACAAGAGCCACCGCAACUACACUGAGUCGUUCUUCGAGUCGGCUAGCAUGAUGAGCCAGCUAUCCCACAAACACCUGCUGCUGAACUACGGCGUGUGUGUGUGCGCAGAAGAACACAUCAUGGUGCAGGAGUACGUGCGCUUCGGCUCUCUGGACACGUACCUGAAGCGGAACCGCAGCAGCAUCAACAUCACCUGGAAGCUGGAGGCAGUGAAGCAGCUGGCCUGGGCUCUACACCACCUGGAGGAGAAGAACCUGAUCCACGGGAACGUGUGUGCCAGGAAUGUUCUGGUGACCCGCGAGGAGGACCGGAAAACGGGAACGCCACCGUUCAUCAAACUCAGUGACCCGGGAAUCAGCAUCACGGUCCAGCCCAGAGAGUUUCUGCUGGAGCGCAUCCCGUGGGUUCCCCCGGAGUGUGUGCAGGACAGCAGGAGUCUGAGUCUAGCGGCGGAUAAGUGGAGUUUCGGCACGACGCUGUGGGAGAUUUACUGUGGAGGAGAACAUCCGCUCGCGGCCCUCGACUCCUGCAAGAAGCUGCUGUUCUACGAGGAUAAGCACCAGCUCCCGGCUCCGAAGUGGACCGAACUGGCUAGCGUGAUCAACAGCUGCAUGGACUACGAGCCGCUGCACCGGCCCUCGUUCAGAGCCGUGAUCCGAGACCUCAACAGCCUCUUCACGCCAGACUACGAGCUGCUGGUGGAGAGCGAGACGCUUCCCAGCAGGAACCGGCCGUUGGGUUUCGCUGGAGCCUUUGAGAAUCAGGAACCCACUCAGUUUGAGGCCAGACACCUGAUCUUCCUCCAGCUGCUGGGCAAGGGUAACUUCGGCAGCGUGGAGAAGUGCCGCUACGACCCACUGCAGGACAGCACAGGUGAGGUGGUGGCAGUGAAGAAGCUUCAGCACAGCUCAGCUGAACACCUGCGCGACUUCGAGCGGGAGAUCGAGAUCCUGCGAUCACUGCAACACGACAACAUCGUCAGAUACAAGGGCGUGUGUUACAGCGCAGGUCGUAAGAACUUGCGUCUGGUCAUGGAGUUCCUGCCGUUCGGGAGUUUGAGAGAUUAUCUUUCGAAAAACAAGGAGCGUUUCGACCACAUGAAGCUCCUGCUGUACGCAGCUCAGAUCUGUAAGGGGAUGGACUACCUGGCGUCGAAGCGUUACGUCCACAGAGAUCUGGCCACGAGGAACAUCCUGGUGGAGAGCGAGUUUCACGUGAAGAUCGGAGACUUCGGCCUGACUAAAGUCCUCCCUCAGGAUAAGGAGUAUUACACGGUGCGCGAGCCCGGAGAGAGCCCCAUCUUCUGGUACGCCCCGGAGUCUCUGACCGAGAGCAAGUUCAGCGUGGCGUCAGACGUCUGGAGUUUCGGAGUCGUUCUCUAUGAACUCUUCACAUACAGUGACAAAAGCUGCAGUCCUCCAGCCGUGUUCAUGGAGCAGAUGGGCGAGGACAAACAGGGUCAGAUGAUCGUCUACCACCUGAUCGACCUGUUGAAGAGGAACUACCGCCUGCCGUCUCCCGAGGGCUGUCCCGCUGAGAUCCAGGCGCUGAUGAAGGAGUGUUGGGCCGCAGAGCCGAGCGAUCGACCCACAUUCAGAGCUCUCGCUCAAAGAGUCCACGCCAUUCAGGACCGGGCAUCUCACAGCUGAUCCGGGUCAGAACAUCAGAUUCGGGUCAGAACAUCAGAACAUCCCACAGCUGAUCCGGGUCAGAACAUCAGAUUCGGGUCAGAACAUCAGAACAUCCCACAGCUGAUCCGGGUCAGAACAUCAGAUUCGGGUCAGAACAUCAGAACAUCCCACAGCUGAUCCGGGUCAGAACAUCCCACAGCUGAUCCGGGUCAGAACAUCAGAACAUCCCACAUCAGAUCCGGGUCAGAACAUCAGAUUCGGGUCAGAACAUCAGA